AUGUCCAGAUACACAAUCGCCGGUGCUUGGCAGGGCCUCAAGGACACGGUGAAGCCCAUCUUAUCGGAAGCCUACUACGAAGAAUAUUACGCGAGAGAUUGCGAAGAGAAUGUGGCGGUAACGGAACCUCAUCAAUACACGCCGUUUGUCAGACUCGACUACCAGCAUCAGGCUUCUUCGUCUGUUGCCAGGAUCUCGUCAACAAGAUAUUGA